CUUUUGAAAAGAAGGUACUUCCAUAACUAUGUUUAAGAAAAUAGUUCCUUUUUGAAUUUUAAUGUUUAAUAAUAAGUUAACGAGUUAAACGAGUUAUUCAUUCCCAUCGUCGCCUCCACAUCCAUUUUCUUCUUCACAGACACUGGUUUUCAUCUCUCAUUCCCCAUCGAUUUCAUCUGCUCAUUUCUCCAUUCUCCCACCAGAUCAAAAAUCAAAUUGAUUUUGAUACAUCCAUUUUCUCACAACACCAUAACCAAAUCGAAAUAAAAAGGUACCUUUUCUUCGUGGGUACCGUUUAAUUUGGUGAUUUCCCCACAUCAGUACCUUCGUCGGAAAAUGCUUUCCAUUUCUCCGACGAUAUCUAAAUUCUCCAAUCUUUCCGACCUCCACCACCUAAAUCGCGGCCGAUACAGCCGCCACUCUCUAUCCCAUCUUGUGCCGCCGCCGCCGUCGACUCAUAUCCGGAACACCAAAACCCUACGUCUCCGACAUAAUUUCAGAAUCUCCGCCAUAGACGCCGCUCAACCCUUUGACUACGAAUCCAAAAUCUCCGACCACAUUGCCAAAUCCAAAACCCUAAAAAUUGCCAUUGUAGGGUUCGGCAACUUCGGCCAAUUCCUUGCAAAAACCCUAGUCCGUCAAGGCCACACCGUCCUUGCACAUUCUCGCACCGAUUACUCCGCCAUCGCCGCCGAGAUUGGCGUCUCUUUCUACUCUAACGCCGAUGACAUCUGCGAAGAACACCCCGAGGUAAUCCUCCUCUGCACAUCAAUCCUCUCAACUGACAAGGUACUCCGUUCAUUACCAUUACAGAGAUUAAAACGCAGCACAUUAUUCGUAGACGUUUUAUCAGUCAAAGAGUUUGCUAAAGAUCUUUUCUUGCAAAUACUGCCAUUAGAUUUCGAUAUUCUAUGUACACAUCCAAUGUUUGGACCCGAAAGUGGUAAAAACAGCUGGAAAGAUCUUCCAUUUGUGUACGACAAAGUUAGAAUCGGUCGUGAUGAAUCUAGGGUUUCCCGCUGUGAAAAGUUUCUUGAUUCUUUCGCAAGAGAAGGGUGUAUAAUGAAGGAGAUGACAUGUGCAGAGCAUGAUCAACAUGCAGCAGAGUCUCAAUUCAUAACACAUACAGUCGGAAGGAUCUUGGAAAAGCUUGAUUUGGAUAGUACUCCGAUUAACACAAAAGGGUAUGAAAGAUUGUUGGAUUUAGUUGAGAACACAUCGAGUGAUAGCUUUGAGUUGUACUAUGGGUUGUUUAUGUAUAACAAGAAUGCAAUGGAGCAAUUGGAAAGAUUGGAUUUAGCUUUUGAAUCUUUGAAAAAAGAGUUGUUUGGGCAUUUACAUGAGGUUUUGAGGAAGCAAUUGUUUGGGACAAAGGAAAGAUCUUUAGGGCUUUUACAAGAACCACGAGCUUUGUCAAAGCUUCCUCCUAAUGGGAAUGGAUCUUCUCUUCCACCUCAAUCGGAUUCUUCUAAUUAAUUGAGGAUAGCUCAAAAGAGUUUCCAAUUCAUGGUGAAGAGCAUUUUCUAUGUUGUGUGAUGUGUUGUAUUGCUUAUGAGUCAAACGGGAAAGGAGACCACAAUCUCAAUGCAUACUACUCAUAUUUCCUCACUUGUAUGAAGCUCCAAUGUUUGUUAUUUUGUUUUUUAGUUUUUUCUAUUAGAAAAGAUUGCCAUAGUAGGCUUUGUAACUUGUGUCAUUUGCUCCAUUUUUGUUCGAUUUAUUCAUAUUUUCUAUGAUUUGUGCCAA